AUGAUUUGUACAUUGACUUUGAGUGGUCCUCCCCCAGUACAUUCAAUAAUUGCGACCUCAACUAUUUCUCAAUACACCAUCUUUUUCGCGCGUCAAGAUGAGGAAUACAGAGUUAUAUACUCUGGCUUAUAUGUGGUCUUUAAAAUCCCUGACCAGGAGGAUGUCAAAAAGUCAGUUAAUGAUUCUAACAAAGGAACACCUAAUUAUUUCAUACUCUUUAGAUCAAUAUUAAAAAAUUGCAUCUCUGCCUUAGGGCUAAACACCGAAUGGGUGUUUGUGUCCGAGGUCUCUCGGGAAUUAUGGUCUGAAAUAAAAAAGAAUGAUUAUCAAUUUGUGGCGUCCCUCCGUAAUGCUUACAAAUUCAGUAACGCGCAAAAGAAAUUGGGUGUUCGUUUUAAGCCUUAUGAUUACAAUAAAAAAUUCAAUAAACCGAAUGAUAGCGCAUACGACACUGAGUGCCCACAGUUAAACUCUACCGAAAAUUUUUCUCAACAAAUGUCUUUGUAUUCGUACUAUGAAGACUUUUAUCUCUUUAACGCAUCGGGUUCACCCAUAGAUAAACUUCUAUGGGAACUAUUCGAAUAUUAA